AUGUUCUCAGUAGUUCGACUUCGCUCGCAGCGUUCGGCGUGUCGCAUGAAGAAGACGUACAGCGAACGGCAGCGUAAUCUCGAGAGACACUUCGGUCCGCACUGUCCGACGAAUAACAAAUUUCUCCGAUCCAUCUACUGGGCUCUCCGCGGGUUCCAAUACUGGCUAUGUUUCUAUGAUGACGAAGUUGAAAUCGAGGUGGAAGAUUUGCUGUCCAAUCCAUUCAACACACAGCCGCCCUCGUUAGAGAGUCUACAGCAACGCACUGGCUUCAACAGGACGUGGCUGAUGUUCAUGUACCGAAAUUUCAAACAAAAGUGCUCAAAUGGUCGUAUGACAAAAGCUGAAUGGCGGUCGAUCUUUCGGUCGCUUUUUCCAUAUGCAAUCAAUUAUCAGUUCGCUGAUCGGCUUUACACAGCAAUCACAAGCAUUCGGGGGCAUUUGCACAUCACCUUUGAGGUACUUCGAUAG